UUAAUUAGUUUUGAACUAAAGUAGACAAUUGAAUUUGCAAAUAAACUUAAUUUGCUACCAAAAGCGUAAAAUCAAACGAGUUCUACAAUGGCAAUACCGUUUUUCCAAAAGGAGUGGGAAACAAUCACGGCAGAAGAACUAUCAACUGCCAGAGCAAGAUUUGCUGGUUUCAUUGAAGCCGUGCCAGUCAAGGGAAAUGUUUUACGCGAGCAAUUGGAAGCUUUACAAAAAAGUUUGAUGCCGGUCCAGGAUGGAAUAAUCGCAUUGAUUAAAUUGACGGCCAAAUUAACGAAAGAUACGGAAAAAGCUGAAGCCACCGCUGUAUUUGGAGAGCUACGUAAAGCUGAUGAAUCAAUGCGCGACCGUUUGUUUGUAUUACAGGUGUGGCUAAAAUACGACCAGGAAACGGCAGACCAAUUUGCCAGGAGAAAAGCUGGUGAAUUCCUGGAUCCAGAUCUUGCCAAGGUCUUGGAGGAACAAGAAAAGAGAGCUGACCGAAUCAAACGCGAACCGGAAGACAAACAAAUGUUUCGCAGUCAACCGAAGCGAUUCCGAGGAUCAUACUACGAAGGUCACGGCUCAAAUUCACCAGACUUCAGUAGCCAACAACAUUUUGGGCGCGGUGGAUAUGGAUCACGAGGUCGUGGAGGAGGUACUAGAGGCAGAAAACAGCCAGGACCCGACCACAAAUGUCACAAGUGUGGAUCAACUGAGCAUUUCUUCAAGAAUUGCACAAAGAGUUGUACGGAAUUUAAUGAUGAUGAUACUAGAAACACUGAAACAAUGACCCAACAGAAAGAAGCUCCCGUAGAGCAAAUUGAAAUUGAACAAAAAGAGACACAGCAGUCCCAAGCUCAGUUUUCACCAGGAUCUAUCCACUCAGAAGAGGUCAGAGAAUUCUGGAAGAAGGAGCUUACUACAAAUGAGUGGGUGAUGUUGACACUGAAAGAAGGCUACGUUAUUCCUUUCAAAGAGUUCCCCCCAAAAAUUCUGGAGUAG